GUUGGGUUUCUGGGCGGUAUCAUGACAUCAGAUUUGACGGUAUCUGGUGCGAUUGAAUAAUUAUAAGAGCUAGGUUGACGCAUGGUUACUGACCUGUUUAUUGUUUUUGACCGAAGAUAUUGUUCUUUCGAGGCACUUUACAAGUGGCUUUGUUUAAGCUACAUUUUAAUUCUCACCUUCCCGUACUUAGUGGGUUCCGCGCAAUAUAUCCAUUAUAUUCCACCCUCAGAAAUGGCUUUGAAGACUCUAAGCGCCAAGAGCGCCGCUGCUCUCGAUCAAGACCUGAUGACUGUCGGUGCCUUUUCCAUCGAUCAGCUGAUGGAACUGGCAGGCUUGUCAGUAUCACAAGCUGUCUACCGUCUUCAUCCUCCGAGCAGAGGUCGCCGCAUCUUGGUUGCAUGCGGCCCUGGUAACAAUGGCGGAGAUGGCUUGGUCGCAGCCCGGCAUCUUUGGCACUAUGGCUAUAAACCGACAAUAUAUUAUCCCAAGCAAAGCAAGAACGACCUGUAUCAGCGUCUAUCUACUCAGUUGAAAGCCCUAAACAUUCCCUUUGUAGAUGACUUCCACUCUGCUAUUGAAGAGACAGAUCAUGUGGUCGAUGCGAUCUUUGGGUUCAGUUUUACUGGCGAAGUGAGAGACCCAUUCGGUCCUGUUAUAGAGGCUUUGGCAAAGUCCAGGGUAGAAGUAACUUCUGUUGAUGCCCCAUCCUCAUGGAACAUUGAAUCAGGUCCUCCAAGUUCGGGACCAGGAAAGGAUUUUAAUCCUACCUCACUUGUCAGUUUAACGGCUCCAAAGCCGCUGACGAAGUGGUUCAAGGGAAGGCAUUUCUUGGGAGGCAGAUUCGUCAGCCCAGGUAUUGCGAAGAAAUAUGACCUGUCAAUUCCAGAGUAUCCUGGGAUUGAUCAGGUUGUGGAGCUUGACAAUCCCAACGGAAAGCUAUGAGGGAAAAUUAUGCGAAUU